AUGGGCAGUUACGUGGGCAAACCGGGACCUCCGCCAUCCCCGGCAGAGGGGCUUACAGAUCUGCCCCAGAGGCCUGUGACCCGCCGGCCCUCUCAGGCCCUUCACCAGGUCCACCGGAUUCAGCACGUCCAUCGCGCCCACCCAGCCCCGAGGCUCAAACCUGGGAGAAGGCCGCGGAACUGGGACCCCACCAAUCCCGCUUCGUGGGUAGUGAAUGAGGCCUGGAGGCGCUUUCCCAUGAAGCAGCCUCAGAAUUCCAUCGUGGGGCCUCUUCCCUCAGACUGGUGGGAAAGUUACUUAAAGCGGACUGUUUGGUCUCUUCGUCACCCCAGGGCAGUAUGGAGCCCGGUGACUAUCAAGAUCACUCCUCCCGAGCCAAGGAGGCUUCUUGCCACAUCCCCACCACAGGCCAUCAGUUUAGUGGAGUCCACACCCUCUGAGAAGCUCCCAGACCCACGUGCAAAGGAGACAGUGCUCAGGGUCCUCAGAGAGUGCAAGAAAGGGAGACUGAGGUUUGAAGAACCACCGUCCCCAUCCCCAGAAAGGUCAGACAGUAAGAAGAGGAGUCCAGAUGCCAACUCAUCUGCAUUUAAGCCUCUGGUGAAAAGUGGAGACCUUGCUUCCUUUGUGCCCAGUCUUGGGCCUCUGAAGAGAAGCCUUGACUCCUGGAGCUCAGACCACAGCUUGAAUGGGAGGCCCCGGUCCUCCUGCGGGAGCUCCUUGGCCGGCUCACACACAGGUGGCCCCCUUGGCUCCAAAAGAAAUGUUAUUACAAGCUCUUAUAGCUCUGCCAGAGAUUUCUCUGAGCCUUGGAAGAGAAGUGUUCCCUGUGCACACCUCCAGAUGCCAGAGUGGCCAGUAAAAAAGAAAAAAAGUCAUCAGUGUCACUUUCCAGCCCCACUGGCACCAGAGGAGUCCCCAGCAUCAUCUGGCAGUACUGGGACACAAAAUGAGGAGAUUCCCCAGCUGCACUCUAGUCCAGGGACCCUGCUGUCCCUGAGCCCACCUUCCCAGUUUGGUUAUACAGUUCCUGCUGAGAACCUGGUCUUGGGAACAAAAACUGGCAUUCAGUGGGGCAACAAAACCAGAAAGGAUACUACAGAGGUCACCACAGAUCCUGUCCCUGAGGCUUGGUCUGCUAUUCCGCCUUCCCUGUCUCUCAUUCUGCCUUCUGCAGGCACAGCUCCAACCGAGGACACAAAUCCUCAGGUGGCAUCUCCAGGCCCACUAGCUUCCCCAAAGUCUAUGGGAGAGGAAGUCAGUGUAGCCCACUCACCUCUGAAGACACCUGGCCUGCCGGCCCUACCUGGGUGCUCACAGUCAGAGCCCCUUCCAGGCCCCUCUUCAAACUCAAAUCCCACAGCUCCUGUCACCCUUCUGAUCCCUGUUUCUCCUACAUCACCAGUCACUAACACUACAGGACCACCUUUGGCCUGUCAGGCUGACAGGUCUGCCAUGCUCCCAAGGCCACCUGCCAUUACCCCUACAGUGCCCUCUACACAAAUGACUUUGCUUGGAAUGGUGAGGAGUCCAGCUUGCCAUCUUUCUGCAUCUGUACCUCUUGCUGCAAUUUCUGCUGACCCCACAUCAAAACCUAUUUGGGGGCCCCCACCCAACAGUGAGACUGGAGUCUCCUUACCUUCCAGAAUCUCAGUCACAGCUGCAGCACGGUCACUUCCAGGCAUCUCAGUACCCACCUUCAAGCCCAUCUCUGGCAGCAUAGAACCACUUAAAACUAUGCCCAUGACAGCUCCUUUCUCUUUCAAGCAGACUUCUCCUCCAGCUCCUCCUGCUUUUACACACCUCUUCCACGACCUGGUCAAGUCUACCUCUGUAGCCACCUCCACCACCACAGUCAGUGCAUCCAAAGACUCCUGUUUCAAGCCACGUCUUGAUUUUGGUGUAGCCGGUGUUACCAGUACUGCAGGCAACACUCACUUUGUCCCUUCCACAAUUCACACUUCCCUUCUUGGGGCUUCUGGUGCCAUCAGGGCCAGCAUCUCCCCAGUCACAGGCUUUGUUUUCCCGCCUCCUCAGCAUUCUACCAUCCCUGUAGUAAACACAGUCAACAUCUUUAACCAGGUUCUUCCCAGCACUGUCCAGAUGUCCCCUAGUAAGAGCACUGCCAAUUUUAAGGGCAAGAGCAGCCCUCUGUCAGCCUCAGCCCUCAUAACCACAAGCCAGCCCACACUGUCAUCGAGCAUCUCCAAUCCAACCUCAGCAUUCACGGUUCCUUUGGGGUCAAGCUCAAGGCCACCUUUCCCACUAUCCCCAAGAGCCACUCCCCAGCCUGCUUUUGGGGCUGCAGUUGGGCAAAAGCAAGGGGCUGCCCAACCAGCCCUUAGCCCAAGCUUCGAUAGCUCAUCUAUUUUAGAAAACUCAACAAUGGCAUUGCCAACCCCAACCCUAAUUCCAACUCAGCCAGCCUUCAGCAGCCCAACACAGUCAGCCUCUACCUUCCACAUCCCUGCCAGCAUCCGGCCAAAUGUAGGCGGCACCCCAGCAAGUUUUCCCUUUGGUCAAGCUAGUGCCACUAGUUUUGGAGUUGUCACCCAGACCCACCAGAGUGGGGCUUGUGGAUCAGUGUUUGGCAGCACAGCCCCACGACCUUUUGCCUUUGGGGGAUUAGUGACUGCUAUGGACUGUGGGGAGUCUGAGGUCAGCAUGACUGUCCCAGACAUGAGCUCCAACUCUGGGGUAUUCUCCAUUGAAGCAACAAGUGGAGCCACUCGUACUGUUACACCCUUUGCAAAAGGCUGGAGUCAGAACACCCAGAGCCUGGCUAGCCAGAGCACCCCUUUUGUGUUGGGGAGGGCCAGCAUUUCUGCAAGAAAGAUUAUGUUUGAGCCUCCUCACAUCACCCCCUUAGCUCAGAGCAUUCCUAUCCCUAAACCAAUUAAGAUAGGCAGUACCUUUGACUAUGGGUUUCCCUCUCUGCCUGCUCAGGGCUCCACUGGGAGAGGGUCUUUCAGAUCAUCAGUCCCUUCAUUUUCCAUUGGUGCAAAACCAAAAACCCCAAAGAAUCGGGAGCAAGGGCAUUCCCGAAGGCAUCAUGCCCACAAGAAAUAG